AUGAGUGAAGUCUCACUGAAACCGUGUGAAGCUGAAAGUUGUGCACGUGUGGCUGCUACACUAUGUGGUCAUUGCAAAAAAAACGUUUGUCGACGUCAUUUCAAUGAACAUGCAGAUCAACUUGUACAAGAACUCAAUCCAUUAGCUGACCGGAUCAACGCAUUGACAGAAACACUAACUUCUUUUACUCUGACAAAUUAUAAAUUAAAAUUAUUUAAUCAAUUAAUUCAGUGGCGUGACAAAGCCAUCAAAGAAAUUCAUGAGUUGUACAAGUUUAAAAAAAGAAAACUUACUCUCUUAUUGAACGAUAAUGAGGAAGUCUUUUUACAGCAGACAACUGACCAUUUGGAUGGAGCUGAAAUAUUAAAAAACGAAACAGCAACUUUUAUCAACGAUAACGAUGUAACAGCUGAACAAUUGAAUAUAUUAAAACGAAAAAUACAUGAAUUAGAAGAUGCAGUUAACGAGACACAUACUCAUCUUGUUUAUUGUGAUAUCAAGCCAGUGUUAAUCGAUUACGAGUCAAUUCUUAUUCAUUCCACAGGAAAUAAUUAUAUGAAUGGUGGUACACUUCUAUGUGCAGAUUAUCAAAUGCGAUUGAAUGAUUUUUACGGUCGUUCGAGACAAAAAUGGAACUUAAUUUACAAAGCAUCAAAGGAUGGUUUCCGAGCACAAGACUUUCACCUUUGUUCGGAUAACAAAGGUCCUACAAUAACUAUUAUACAAAGUAAAAAUAAUAAUUGUCUUUUUGGAGGCUACACCGCAACAUCAUGGACUAGUGAUGAAAAAUAUAGAUCAGAUCCAAGAGCAUUCUUAUUUACUUUGAAGAAUACGCACGGUAUUCAUCCUACUAAAUUUCUUCAAAAACGAGCUGGAAUCAACGCCAUUGGCCAUACUGCAGCUACCGGCCCUUAUUUUGGCGGAGUGGUGGAAAACGAGAUGCAUUUUAUUGAUAUUCGCGUAUCCAAUGCAUCAAACAACAAUGAUCUCUCUAAAUCUUCAUUUCCAGCUAGUUAUGUUGAUACUACUGGAAAAGGUAACAAACUUUUCGCAGGCGACAGCAAUUUCAUGGUGAAAGAUAUAGAAGUUUACCGAUGCAUUGUAGGUGAGAAUGAAGACGAAAGGAAAAGUUGA